GAGCACGUCGGGGGACACGGUGGAGCUGGUGGAGGAGUCCCUGGACGUGGAGCUGCUGAACAACUCGCUGAGGCUGCGGCUGCAGGGGUGCCCCGUGCUGCCCGGGGGGGUGCACCUGUGCGAGCUGCAGAGCCACCUGGUCGUGCUGCUAGUCACGGCACAGACAGUGCAUCGCCUGCUGCUGCCGCACCCCGCGCAGCUCUACCGCAGUGACCUGAUAACAGAGAGCCAAGUGCAGUCUGUGUUUACGGAUAUCAGCAAGAUCCACAUCCGAGAUCCCUCCAAUUACUAUGUGAUUCCCAGUGUGCCAGGGCUGGCACCCAACUCCUUUGCCUCUGCAGCCUGGCUCAGCAGUGAGGGGGAGGCUCUCUUUGCCCUUCCCUCUGCCUCAGGAGGGAUUUUUGUCCUUAAACUGCCUCCUCCCAAUGCUCCAGGAAGCGUUUCCGUGGUGGAAUUGAAGCAGAGCUCGGUGGUGCAGCGUUUCCUCACCGGCUGGAUGCCAACUGCCAUCAGAGGCGAUGGUGGCCCUUCGGAUCUGCCCAUCAGCCUCUCCGUGCACUGUCUGGAUCACGACGCCUUCCUCUUCGCCCUCUGCCAGGACCACAAGCUCCGGAUGUGGUCCUACAAGGAUCAGAUGUGCCUGAUGGUUGCGGAUCUGCUGGAAUUCAUGCCGGUCAGCAGGGACCUGCGGCUCGCGGCCGGGACUGGGCACCGCCUGCGCCUGGCCUUCUCCCAGUCCCUGGGCCUCUACCUGGGAAUCUACAUGCAUGCACCUAAGCGAGGACAGUUUUGUGUCUUCCAGCUGGUGCCCACCGAGAGCAACCGCUACAGCCUUGACCACAUCUCCUCCCUGUUCUCCUCGCAGGAGACUUUGGUGGACUUUGCCUUAACCUCAGCCGAGAUCUGGGCUCUGUGGCACAACGAGGAGAACCAAACCGUUGUGAAAUACAUCAAUUUUGAGCAGAAUGUGGCAGGGCAGUGGAACCAGGUGUUUGUGCAGCCACUGCCUGAGGAGGAGGUGGUAAUCCGACAUGAUCAGGACCCCAGGGUAAGGCAGCUCUAAAACACCACCAAAAAACCAGCAAGGCUUCUCUGCCCUGGAGAACAUUAAGACAGUUCCAUUUCCUGUGCUGCUUUUCAGAUCUUUUCUCAAGGAGCUGAGAGGCACAUGGAUCUGACAUGGGAUGAGUUAAGGAAAGAGGUCACCUUAGCUGUGGAAAAUGAGUUCCAGGGCAGCGUGACGGAAUACGAGUGUUCCCCGGAGGAGUUCUGUCAGCUCCAGGUGGAAUUCUGGUCCAAGUUCUAUGCCUGCUGCCUUCAGUACCAGGAGGCACUGUCCCGGCCCCUGGCCCUGCACCUGAACCCCUACACCAGCAUGGUGUGCCUGCUGAAGAAGGGCUCCGUGUCCUUCCUCGUGCCCUGCUCCUUGGUGGAUCAUCUCUAUCUCCUCUCCAACGAGCACCUCCUGACUGAGGAUGACGCUGCCAUCUUUGAAGAUUUGGAGAUGUCUCGUGAUGUUGUCUGUCUUGUCCAGUGCCUUCGCCUGAUCGGAGAAUCAAUUUCCAUGGAAAUGGCAUUCAUCAUGGAAAUGGCUUGCUCCCGCCUCCAGCCUCCAGAAAAGGCUGCAGAGCAGAUCCUGGAGGACUUGAUAGCUAAUGACACGGAAAACGUGAUGGAGGAUAUCCACAGCAAACUCCAGGAGAUCCGAAACCCCAUCCAUGCCAUCGGAUUGCUUAUCCGAGAGAUGGACUACGAGACCGACGCCGACAUGGAAAGAGGUGAAGGCUCUGUGGCACCGUUGCUGCGGAUGAACCUGUCGCAGCUGUACGGCAGCAGCUCCGCAGCCCACGUGGUGUGCUGGGGGGUGGGAAAGAUCUCCUCCAUCCGCUUCCUCAUCUGCCGGGACCUGCUCAUCCUCCAGCAGCUGCUGCUGCGCCUUGGAGACCCUAUGGUUUUGGGAGGAGGACAGCUCUUCCAGUCCCAGCAGGAGCUGCUGCACCGCACCUCUCCCCUGCUGCUCUCCUACUACCUGAUCCGGUGGGCGAGCCAGUGCCUGGCCUCCGACGUCCCUGUGGACACGCUGGAAUCUAAUCUGCAGCAUCUCUCCGUGUUGGAGUUAGCAGACACCACCACUCUGACACCACACAAACUAGUAUCCGGCCCUCAGACAAUUGUGGAGCUCUUCUUUCAGGAAGUGGCCAGAAAACACAUCGUAUCCCGACUCUUCCUGCAAGCAAACACCUCCUUGGCUGAGACAAGCUUGAACUGGCCUCACCUCAUCACUGCAAUAGUGGCUGAUUUUCUGCCUCUCCUAUGGCCCAGCAAUCCCAGCUUCCUCUUCCCAGAGUGCCUGAUGGGGAGCUGUCAGUACACCCAGCUGCAGGAAUACAUCCGCCUGCUGCAGCCCUGGUGCCACGUGAACAUGGGCUCCUGCUGCUUCAUGAUGGGCAGGUGCUACCUUGUCAUGGGUGAGGGGCACAAGGCUUUGGAUUGCUUCUGCCAAGCUGCCUCAGAGGUGGGAAGAGAGGAGUUCCUGGACAGGCUGAUCCAGCCUGAGGAGGGUGAGGUGGUCUCCACCCCACGCCUGCAGUACUACAACAAGGUGCUUCGCCUGUUGGACAUGGUGGGUUUGCCAGAGCUGGUCAUCCAACUGGCCACCCUGGCCAUCAUGGAAUCAUCGGAUGACUGGAGAAGCCAGGCUACUUUGAGGACCUGCAUCUUCAAGCAUCACUUGGAUUUGGGACACAACAGAGAAGCAUAUGUAGCCUUAACACAAAACCCUGAUCCAGGCAGGCAGCUGGACUGCCUACGCCAGCUAGUGGUGGUUCUCUGCGAGCGAUCCCAGCUCCAAGACCUGGUGGAAUUCCCUUAUGUGAACCUGCACAAUGAGGUCGUUGGGAUCAUCGAAUCCCACGCUCGGGCAGUGGAUCUGAUGACUCACAACUACUAUGAGCUGCUCUAUGCAUUCCAUGUCUACCGGCACAACUACCGGAAAGCUGGCACAGUGAUGUUUGAGUACGGCAUGAGGCUGGGCAGGGAGGUGCGGACACUCCGAGGGCUCCAGAAACAGGGGAAUUGUUUCCUGGCUGCUAUUAACUGCCUGAGGUUGAUCCGCCCGGAAUAUGCCUGGAUAGUGCAGCCAGCAUCUGGAGCUGUGUACGAGCGCCCGGGAGCGUCCCCGAAGAGGAGCCAUGAUGGGGAGUGCAUGGCUGUUCCCACCACUCACCAGAUCGAGAUCCUGGAGCUGGAGGACCUGGAGAGGGAGUGUCUCCUGGCCCGGAUCCGGCUCACUCUGGUGGAACACGACAUGUCAGCAGCAGGCAGGGGGGAUUUUCAGCCACUUUUGUCUCUGCUGGUCCAAGCUGGCCUCUUCGACAGUGCCAUCACCCUGUGCCAAACCUUCAAGCUGCCCUUGACACCCAUCUUUGAGGGACUCACCUUUAAGUGCAUCAAGCUGCAGCUGGGAGGUGAAGCAGCGCAGGCAAAGGCCUGGGACUGGCUGGCAGCAAACCAGCUCUCGUCCCUGGUCACCACCAAGGAGUCCAGUGCCACAGAUGAAGCCUGGAGGCUGCUGUCAUCCUACUUGGAGCGUUACCCAUCCCAGAACAGCCUGUACCAUCGCUGCGUCAUCAACAAGCUCCUGGCACAUGGGAUACCUCUACCCAACUGGCUCAUUAACAGCUACAAGGAAGUGGAUGCUGCCGAGCUGCUGCGCCUCUACCUGAACUAUGAUCUGCUGGAGGAGGCUGUGGAUUUGGUGUUGGAAUAUGUGGAUGCUGUGCUGGGCAAAGGGCACCAGUAUUUUGGGAUCGAGGUGCCUCUGUCCCCCACAUCCCCCACGGUGUGGCUGCCCUACACAGCCAUCGACCAGCUGCUGCAGGCGCUGCGGGAGAGCACUGCCAACGAGAACAGCAUCCUGCUCUACGAGAAGCUGAAUGACAAGAUGGAAGACUACCAGCAGAAGGUCAGUGUGGCCACCCUGGAGCGCCUGUACUGCCGCACUUAG